GAUGGCAUCUAAUGGUCUAAAGUGGUUUAUGCCAGAAAAUUUUGGAACACUUUGUAAAACAAGAAAACUUCUAAGGGAGCAGUUGAAGUAUAUUUAUAAUAUACAUUAUAAUGUUAAUACAUUUAAAGAAUUUGAGGAUAAAGAUGAAAAGAGUUUUAACUUUGAUCAAAUCAAUUUAAUUGGUGAUGUAGGAGUUAAUGACUUUAAGAAUAUGGGGAUUAAUCCUUUUAUUAAGAGUUUUUACAAACUGGAAGAACUAAAAGAGCAAUUCAAAAUUGAUAAAAUAAAUUUUUAUCAGAACCAACUGAAUUUAGAAAUGUAUCCUCAAUUAACUCAACUAAUUAAUGUUGUGGAUGAAGAAAAAGAUUUUAAUGAAGUUUUAAAAUCUAUCAGAAAUUUAACAAUUCAUGAAAAUGAAAAUAAGUUUAGCAAGUUAACAAAAGAUAAACAAGACUCUUUAUUUCAAGACUUGGAACAAAAUCUUUGGGAUAUAUUUUAUAAAUUAAAAAAUGACAAAACAAGUGAUAGAGAGGAAAUGGAAGAAGAAUCUCAAGAACAAAACAACAAUUUGGUAGAAGAUGAUGAUGAUGUUGAAUAUAUUGAAAUGGAAAUUGGUCAAACUGUUGGAGCUAAUGGAGAAGAGAAAGAGGAAGAACAAGUUGAGGAGGAUGAGGAUAGUGAAGAUGAGGAUAGUGAAGAUGAAGAGGAAGAUACUGAAAAUGAGGCAGAAAGAGAAGAUGUUGAGAAGAAAACAAUUGUGUAUUAUGAUAUUGGUGAUAGUGAUGAUAGUGAUGAUAGUGAUAGCAAUGAUGAUGAAGAAUUAGAAAAAGAUGCAGAUUUCAGAAUGAUAAUUAAAAGAGAAAUCAAUAACCUCACUCUAAAUUAA